AUGAAUUAAAACCUACAAAGAUUAUUACUCAUUCAGAAAAAUAUCUCUUGUCACUAGCCCUCCAGCUUCAUCAAGAUUUAAAAGUACAAUUUCGCAAGAAACAUAAAAAAGCCACCCUCAUCAGACUAAUUGUCUAGCAGUGAUGCAUCUGAUGCAGAAACUGCUAAGAUUGAAAGACCUAAAUCAACCUAUAAAGAUUGGUAAAAAGAACUGAAAAACCCAGCAAAUAAACUUUACUUUGACGAUAUUGAUAGAAAGAAAGCCCAUUACACUAAAGAUAUAGAUGAAUAAGAGUACUAAGAAAAAAAGGAAUAAUUAGAAAAAGAAAGGAUUUUAGUAAAUAAGGCAAGGAAAGAACUUAAAGAGAGGGAUCGCAUGCCUUAAUGGAAGUAGGAAUUCAUGCAUAACCAAAAACCAAUCUAGGACAUAAUCGGAGAGUCAGAGGGAGAAUUCGCCAAACUAGCGAAAUUGAAGGAUUUCUAAUAAUUCACCACUCUAGAUUUCCUAAACAGCAUAAAGAAUAAAAGUGUUUUGGAAUCAGAUAAUCUUCUUUCCAAAAUCAUGAUUGCUUUCAUUAAGAAGCUGUAUCAAAAUGAAGGAAUUGAUAUCGAUAAUGAUGAUAUUUUCAGACCUAGAUAUAAAGAGUAAAGAGAGAAAAUCAAAAGAGUUUUUACUGGUAGGUCGGAAAUAAAGAUAGCAAUCUAGACUCUCAGUGAAAGUAUCUAAUAGGUGCCAGUUAAUGUAUUAGCAAGUAUAAUAACUAUCUAUUCAAAGGGUAAUAUCGAGGUUUCUGCUUAAAUGAUGAAGAGUAUAAUUAAGAGAGUGAAGAUUUUACUUUUGGACGAUUCAAGUUCUUAGAAUAUUAUGAGCUUUGUAGUACUUUUCAGAAUGUUGUUCAAGUUGAGUGUUCAUGGAAACAAGGAAGAAGUGAGACAAAUUUUACUUGAUUCUAUGGAGUUUUUCUUUCAGUUCUUGCAAAUGAAUCAUUAGAAUAUGAAUAUGGAAUAAAUUGCGCAGUCUGCUAGAGCUCUCACUCUGGAAAACCAGAACUCAUAAAUCUACAAGCAACCAAUACUCUCGAUUAUACAGGAUAAACUUGUAGAAGUCCCUAAAAUGUCAAAUAUUUUGAUGUAUGAUUUGAUUGAAACUCUUAUGCAAGUCAAUCAGACCGAACUCAGUAGUCUUGAUCAGAAAAGUCUUGUAUGCUUUUAAACUUUGUUCAAGGAAGUUAUUGAAAGGCUUAAAGCAGGGGAUUUUAAGCUCCAUCAUUGUGACCUAUUUAUCAAGCAACUUACAAAUAAAAAACUAAUCUUGCAAAAAGAGGCGUUUUACAAUCAAGAUCUUUUUUUCAAGCUUAUCUUUAUAGUGUUCAUCCAAAAAGCUAAUGAGAUGGACUUUAGUAACUUUAUGCUGUAUAUUAAGGCAAUGGAAAGAUACAAUAUAGAAGUAAGCUCUGAUGUUGCUGCUUUAAUCAAUCUGAGACUUGAGCAAUUAACAGAUAAAAUGCUAUAACUUUAACUUGAUAAGGAUGGUACUAGUAGAUUUGAUCUAUAUAGAUUUUUCUAGAGUGUCUCCAAAUUAACAAAAUCUAACCACAUAACAACAAAGCUUUAUAGCAAAUUCUUGUAGAAUUAUUUAUCACUCCUUAAGUCAUAAUUUCUAAAUGAAAGCAAAGAAGACAUAAAAUUGAAUAUUCUAAAAACUGUAACUUUGAUCCUAACACAAACAAAAGCAUUAGAAAUCAAAGUAGAUGCUGAGAUUUUAAGUGAUUAUAAGUCAUUUAGAAGAUAGGGCAAUCUUGAAUUACAAAGAAAUGAUCAAUGA